UAUCUACAUUACCUAUGUCUUAUAUUAAAACGAACUUGAAAAAGGCAAGCUCAUUUAACCGUUAAUUAAUAGCCAUUCUGAUAUCGUUCAAACGUGCAGCUCACAUAACCAAAAAAAGGUUUGAACCAUUUAGCUACUGGUCAAAUACCAAAUAGGCAGGACGGCUCAACGCGAUGUACUCUAACUAUGCGAUACCAAUCGUAACUCUAUGCCGGUUACAAAUUAAACUGGUCUGCGAAUCAGUUCACUGAUCAGUUUCACACAUGCGAACUGUGAGCUAAUCAGCAGCUCAUCAAUAUUACUUGAGUACCCAUGACUAACAUUAUGUAUAGAGCAGAGGGAAGGACGCGGCGGCGACGAUGCGCACUGCCCCGACACCCCGCAACCCGCGCCGCGACGCAUGCUCCGUAGCACGGCGCGGCAUUGUCCGCCGUCCGGCAGUCAGCAGCCGUCGGUGUGGAUGUAAUAUACGUCGUGAUACUUCUUGUUGAAUGGGUGGUCUGGUUGACUUAUAAAAACGAUUUGUGGAGCGCCUGUUGCCAUGUGAGUGCAUAUGACUUACUAUGACGCCGUCGGCAUCGUCAGUACGGCAGUCUCGUCGUCACGUUCUCGCACCGUGAUAAGUCAUAUGGAGUCGUCAGCUACACCUUGCUGAUGGAGCGCAUUCGGCGGUAGGCGAAGAUGUGCGGCGCGCGGGCCGCGACACUGCUGGCUACAUUCACCACGCUUUUGGCCGUCAGUGUGCCCGGGCAUGAUGCCCGACUUGGGGAAGAUGGCGCCGUCGAGCUGGACGCCGCUGAGCUGGACGCAGCCGAGCUGGCGGCAGCGGAUGUGCCAGCAUGGCGCGAGCUAUGGCAGGCUUCGCUGGCGGCGCUUCGUCGCGAGCCUUCCAUCAACGCCACUCGGGAUGAGGUGCUCGUGCCGGUCGGCGGCAUCGCCUUCAUGCACUGCCCCGUGCGGAAUCUCGGCGAACGUGGCGUAUCGUGGGUGCGGCGCCGCGACUGGCACAUCCUCAGCUCCGGCCUUCUCCUCUACACCAACGACGAGCGCUUCCAGGUGCUGCACGGCGAGGGGUCCGACGAUUGGAUUUUGCAAAUCAAAUAUGUUCAGAAACGCGACAACGGCACUUACGAAUGUCAGGUGGCGAGCGGUGGCGGGGGCACGCUGUCGCGGCGGGUGGACUUGCGCGUGCUCGUGCCCGAGGCAUUCAUUCUGGGGGCCGAGGAGUACCACGUGGACGCCGGCUCAUCAAUCAACCUCGUCUGCAUUAUAGAAAACAGUCCGGCGCCGCCGCAGUACGUCUUCUGGUAUCACAACGCGCGCAUGAUCAACUACGACGAGGCGCAGGGCGUGACCGUGAGCACGGCACCGGGAGCGCGCACGCAGUCCGCGCUGCGAGUGAGCGCCGCGCGACCCGCGCACGCCGGCAACUACUCCUGCCGCGCGCCCGGCGCCGACCCCGCCCACAUCUACGUCUACGUCUCCGAAGGCAGUGACAAGAUGGCGGCGACGUUAAGCCGUGACGCAGCCGUCGCGCAAGUUCCCCGCGUUUCUGUCCUGCUGUAUGCACUGCUGGCCAGCGCCGUGCUCAGGUGCGAGGCGCUCAGGUGCUGCACGACACCACCGCGCUCGUUGCACUCAUGAAACUGGAAUAUUCACUUGGCUGGCGUGUCAUACAUUUUUUUUUUUUUUCGUGCAUUCAACAUUUUAUACAUUAGAUGUCCACAUUAUUAUUAUUUACAUGCAUAAUAUAUCAAAAGCCUGGACAUUACAAACG